CAAUUGAAUUUUGAUGCAGUGUCAUGGCGAACAUUCUCAGUCUGUGAACCGAGCACGUUUUUGUUUUAUUUCCCUAGACGAAGUUGAGAACUUGAGAUUAUUUUCGACCAUUAAUAUGAAUUCUGAUUCAGACGAUUAUUCUGACAGCGACGCUACUUAUUUUAGUGGUUCGGAUGACGAUGAUCCUGAUGGAGAUUUCGGAGUGGAAGCUGAUGGUGUUCUGCUGGAAAAGUGGAUUCCACCUCUUUUCUAUCUUGCCAAAGGUCAUCUACAAACCAUCCAAAAUGAUGUAAACAAAUUGGAAAAUGUUUGUUUGGCUUGUUGGGAAAAAGGAACCUGUCCCCAUCCUUUUUUUGUAGGUGCUUUGUGUCAACAGUGCAAAGAAAGAUUACUACGCACAAUGUUUUCCAAAACCGUUGAUGGUUUUCAUCUCUAUUGCACCAUUUGUGGAUCAAAAUCAAAUGCCUGUGUGAGUUGCUCAAAUGGUAAAUGUUACAGAAAGUAUUGUUUGAAUUGCUUAAAUAUCUGGACUGACCACAGUGAUAAGCUGAUUAAGAACUCUGAUAAAUGGUUUUGUUUUCUUUGCCUUCCUGAACCAAAUCAGAUAUUGCAAGCUCAUCACAAUUGGGCACAGAAGGUGUUGCACUUUCAUGAACCUCUAGCUGUAUAUGCGUCACGAGCUCUGUACUGGAAAAGGCAACCCCUCCGUGUUCUAUCCCUCUUUGAUGGAAUUGGAACUGGUUUGGUGGCAUUGCGGAAUCUAGGAAUCGAGGUAGAAGUCUACUACGCAUCUGAGGUUUUAACAGCUGCUGCCGCUGUCUCCAGAACUCGAUUAGGCGGAGUGCUGCAGCAUAUUGGCAGCGUAGGGGAGGUAACACAACAGAGAUUAGAAGAGAUAUCGCCCAUUCAUUUACUCAUCGGCGGAUCGCCCUGCAAUGAUUUUAGUGCCAUCAAUCGCUUCCCUAAGGAUUUUUACGAUCCAAGAGGUUAUUCAAUGCAUUUCUUUGAUUUUGUUCGAGUACUGAAUCUGAUGAGAAAGAUUAACGGGCAAUAUCAACAUCUCCUGUGGCUAUUUGAAAAUGUCGCGUCCAUGCCCCAACACUAUCGCGAGACAAUAUCCAGGCAUUUGGAUUGCCAGCCCGCCGUGAUUGAUGCCAAGAACUUUAGCCCACAACUGCGCAGGCGUCUCUUUUGGGGAAACAUCCCAGGUCUGUUUACCGUUCACGAACAACAGUUGACACAGGACGGGGAAUCGUUAAGUCUCGAAAAAUCGCUUAUGCCCAAUUCUGGUCGACGAGCUGCCCAAGAAAAGAUCCGCACUCUGACCACCAACACUAACUCGCUGCUGCAAGGCAGGACGGAGAAUUGUAAGAGCAGUAGGGAUUUGGCUUCACUCUUUCCUGUACGCUUCUCCUUCCAACAAGAUGAGCUGAAGAGCAUUGACGUCGAAAAUGGUGUUGCCAAAAAACCAAACAAAGGAAAAAUGGGUUACCGAAAAGGGAAAAAUGUUGGUGAAUCUCGAUCGGACCAUUUACAAUCGGUAGGUGAUGAAGAUGACAACUUGCUAACUGACGUAUUGUGGCUUCAGGAAAUCGAACAUGUCUUUGGACUACCUCGCCACUUUACCGAUGUCGGGAACAUGUCUCGCACUGAUCGGCAGAAACUAUUGGGGCACGCAUGGUCCGUUCCUGUUAUUGCAUCUAUUUUUUCUAACCUUAAGGGUUAUACUGUGUAAACCACCUGUACAACGUCUUUUUAGAAAAGACUAGUUUAAAGUUUAUUUUAUUGGCUUAGAACGUUUGCGUGUUUUACUGAAACAAAGAAAUAAUUUAGUGAUGGCCUUUUUCUUGUCUGAUCUUUCUUGUCAAACCACUUUCUUGUAGAUCCGGAAAAUAUCAUAUCGUCUGAAUUCAACAUAAUAACAUAAUCUUCAUGUUCUGAUAGUAUUAAUUAGAUUAAUUGAUCAGUGACGUUUCUACGGAUUAAAAGAAAACGUAAAA